AUGUUCAAGUCAGCAGUAUUUAAUCUAAAAGAUGCUGGGAAAGGUCAAAUUCAAGAGUUUCUUGAUUCUUUUGACACUGUCCUUAGUGACUGUGAUGGUGUUCUGUGGAUUGACAACAAUGCUAUUCCUGGAUCCGCGGAUACAAUGAACUAUUUUCGUAAGAUAGGAAAGCGAAUUUUCUUUGUAACUAAUAACUCUACAAAGAUUCGAAGUGACUUUGCGCUUAAAGCUCAACAACUAGGCUUUAUUGCCCAUCCGGAUGAAAUACUUUCUACUUCAUAUUUAGUGGCACACUAUCUUCAAAGUAUUGGUUUUAAGAAAAAAGUUUACCUGAUAGGAUCAAAUGGCAUUGGGGAUGAAUUGAAAGCUGUGGGCAUACAGCACAUUGGGAUUGGACCGGACCAUGUUAAACCUGAUUUUAAAUCAAUGAAACCAUCAGAUAUGGACCCAGAGGUUGGAGCUGUGGUUGUGGGUUUUGAUGAGCAUAUCAGCUAUCCAAAGCUUAUGAAAGCUGCUUCCUAUUUGGCAUCUGAAGAUUGCAUGUUCAUUGCUACAAAUACAGAUGAGCGGUUUCCCAAAUCUAGUUCAAUUAUAGUCCCUGGGACUGGAACAUUAGUACGGGCAGUAGAAACAUGUUCAGAAAGAAAGGCAUUAGUGCUUGGAAAACCUAAUGAAUAUAUUAGAAGGUUUCUUCAAUCCAGUGGCCUGGACCCUGCAAGGACAUUAAUGAUUGGUGACAGAUGCAACACAGAUAUUGAAUUUGGUGUCCGUUGUGGCUUUCAAACGCUUCUUGUAUUGACCGGUGUGACUUCUGCUAAAGUCUUGGAAAAGAUACGUAAAGAAAAAAUAGAGCCGUUACCAGAUGUUGUGCUACCAAAGCUAGGAGAUUUACUAACAUUAACA